UUUAAAGUGACCACCCCCCGCCGCUCCACUUCCCACUCCGCCGCUAGGGUUUUAGGCCGCCAGCCUCGUCCCCGGCCUCAUACGUAGGGUUUUGAAUCCCUCCUUCUCAUAUCGGCUCCAUUACCCGCAGUCGCCUCCAAUCUCGAUCGCCUCCUGCCAUGGCCUUCUGGGGGAUCGAGGUGAGGCCCGGAAAACCCUACUCCCAUCUCUACGACAGCGCCCGCGGAAGGCUUCGCGUCUCUCAGGCGACGUUGGGAAACGGCAAGGGGGAGAAAAAGAGUGUUCUGCAAUGCAAUGUUGGCAAUAAAAGUCCCAUUCUUCUCUGUAAUUUGAUUCCUAAUGCCAGCGAGACGUGCCAUCUGGAGCUCGAGUUUGAGGAGGAUGAGGAAGUCGUCUUCUCGGUCCUCGGACAGAGAAGCGUGCACCUUUCCGGUUACUAUCUUGGCUCGAAUACUUGCGCCGGUGGAGAUGAGACUGAUUCAUAUGGUGAAGAUAUUGGGGAAGAGGAUUCGGACAACUACGACAGUUAUGACAGCCAAGAAGAUGAGUAUGAGUCUGACUUUAUUGACGAUGGUGAUUUUGAAAUGUUUUCUCCUUCUUCUUCUCCUCGGCGGAAAAGUAGUGUUGUAAUUGAGGAGAUUGAAGAGGAUGACAAGUUAAAUAAUGAAAACGGCAAUCGUCGUCGCUUAAAGAAAAAGCAUCAGGUAAGUGAUACUGAUGAUGGUGAUGAUAGUGCUCAGUGUCAACUUGUUGUCAAGUCUAAUAGCUCCACGGUACUGGAAAGUGAGGAUGAAGAUGGCUUUCCAAUCUCUUUUUCCUUGAAAAAGAAAAAUUCUGCUAAGAAUGUGGAAGAGAAUGUAAAAACAGAUGACAAGAUAAUUGAUGACAGAAAAAGGAAGCUUGGUGCCAUCAAUGUCCCUGAAUCUGCAAGGGAAAUUCACCAGCCAUUUGAGAUUGAUGCCGAAAACAAGAAUAUCUCAAAGAAGAAAAAGAAGGUUAAGGAUAAAAAACCACAUGAAAAUGGAUCAAAGUCAUCUGAUGGGGAAAUGUUGAGUAUUGAGCAAAAGAAAGAUGAGGAUGGUACAGUAUUUGGUGAAUCAAAAGUUGAGACUGAAGAAAAAGAUCUUGCAACAGAAGGUCAUAUCGAUGUGCCAGAAAAUGAUGGGAAGCUCAAGAAGGAAAAAAAAGACAGGGCUGAGAAGGGAAAGACAUCUGAAGCAAGCCCUUCUGGUUUUUCAACAGAGAGAACAGAGGGUACUAAUGGAGGGCCAAAUCAAGCUCCCAAUACUGAUGGCAUGGACCAAAGUCAUCCUGUUGGGCCAAAUGAUGAGCCUUCUAAUGAUAAUGAUCCAUCGUGCAGGGUCAGCAGCAGCAAGAAACAAAAGAAGAAAAAUAAGAAGAAAAAAGGCAAAGAUGAUGUAGCUCAAGAAGAGGAUGAUGUACUGGUGGAGAACGAGAACACCAUGCAAAUAUCUUCACAGGGUGUUGGCAAGAUCAAUGAGAAUCUUGUUGAAUCACAAAACAAGACCUCCGAAAAUAAUGCUGAGACUCCUGCCAAUGCUACUCAGCAAGAGGCCAAAAAAAAGAAGAAAAAAAAGAGCAAGAACCAAGCUAAGGAUUUAAAUGCAAACCAGGAGUUGUCAAAUCUUGUAGAGGAAGAAAAGAAAGUAGAGUCAUCCAAAAUGAGGACAUUUGCCAAUGGUUUGACUAUUGAGGAUCUAGCAAUGGGCAAACCUGAUGGCAAAAGAGCUUCUCCAGGUUGUAAGGUCUCUGUUAGCUAUAUUGGCAAGUUAAAGAAUGGAAAGAUAUUUGACUCUAAUGUUGGCCAAAGGCCGUUUAAAUUCCGUCUUGGUAUUGGGCAAGUUAUCAAGGGAUGGGAUGUUGGUGUUAAUGGUAUGCGUGUCGGGGACAAAAGAAGACUCACCAUCCCACCAUCUAUGGGUUAUGGGGAGAAAGGUGUAGGGAAAAUACCAGGGAACUCAUGGCUUGUGUUUGACGUUGAGCUAGCUGACGUGCAAUGAACUCCCAGUACAAGACGUUAAUGAAGGAAAGUUUUGCAGGUUAAAUGCGUGCUUUCAAAUUUUGCCGAGUAUAGGUGGUGCUCUUUUCGGGAGCUCGGUAUGCUAUGAGAGGGUUUACUUGUUUAUCAGAAUUUUGAAAUUUUUCUGCAGUCUGCAUUCUCUCUUUUCAUCUCUUUCGAUUGAUAAAUUUCUAAUGCACUCCUCAGAGUUCUAAGGCCAUACUUUGUGAUUUUUUUUUUCUAUUUGUUUGGAUGGAAAGAAUUUUUGCCGAAUUGAAGUUCCUCUCAGAAUUUUGUCA